AUGUCAGCAUCUAAGGCUAAAGGUACUCGACGUAGAAAGUUCGAUCAAAGAAGUAGAAGUGGAUGUGCUACUUGUAAGAAACGUAGAGUGAAAUGUGAUGAAGUUCACCCUCUGUGUUCAAAUUGUACUAGAUUAUCCUUAACUUGUGAGUAUAACCAACAAUUACUUUGGCACGAAGAUGCCUUGGAAAGAGGUAUAUCAUUUGGAAGAUCUAAGAAGUAUCAAGUUAUUAAGGACCAACGAUCCAAGAAAGAAUCAAGCCAGAAACUUGAGUUGACCUUGUCUGAAUUAAGUCAACAGAAUGAAGUGUGGGUUCAGGUUAAUGAUGAGAUAAUCUUCAUAAAUACCUUGAUUAAGGAUUUCAACCCUGAAAGGAAACAAACUCAUAUUUCCGAGAAAUUCAAAGGUAUGAUGGAAAUAUAUAGUCAGUUGGAUACUGCCAAAGAACCUAGAUUUUUCGAAGUGUAUGAUGAUUUCGAUACUCAAGGUCUUGAGAUCAAUAGUGAUUUCUUGGUAGAUAAUGCCAUGGAAUUACCCAGUCAAAGUCUUUCACCAUUAUUUAAUUCCUUACCGAGUAUUCCGUUGGCUUUUGAUUUCGAUAAGGAGAACUUUUCAAAAGAACUUCAAGCUUAUGAUUAUAUGAUCAAUAAGAUCUUCCCUAAUUGUAUUUGUUAUGGAGGAGAUUUCAAAACGGUUGAAAAUCCUUACUUAAACUAUUUGGUUCCAAUUUCUACCAAUUCCAGCAUCUUAUUCAAGACCUUGAUCUAUUAUAGUACUCAGGUAUUCUCAUCCAUCAACAAUGAGUUCAAAGAAAUCUCCAUCAAAUACAGGAAUGAAGUGUUGAAAGAUUUACCAGAACUCAUCAGAUUUAAACAGUUGAUAGAUAUCGAAGACUGGGAAGAUGUAUUUGGGGUGAUUGUGAUACUUUGUAGUUCCAAUAUCUCCUCAGAUUGUGAUAUGCAAUGGGUUAUCCAUUCAGAUGGUGGGAAGAAGAUGUUAAACAAAAUGUCAAAAACUACAGAUCCUUUCAAGAAAUUCUGUAUAAGAUAUUUGACAGUGCAUGAAGUGUUCAGAGAUACUAUCGUACAAAAUCACGAUAAUUUCAAGUACUCUGAUCAUGAUUUAUUCAAAAACGAUCACGACGAUAAUAUUGACGUCAUGUUAGGUUGUUCUAUCAGUUUGGUCAAAACUGUAGACGAUAUAACGAAAUUGGGAGAAUAUUACGAAUCUCUUGAGUUUGAAACUUCCAGAAAUAGAGUUAUGUUAGAAAAGCUUAUCCUUGACAAGCGAGAUGUGUUGGUAAAAGAUUUGAAGAAAUUGAAACAAAAUUUCAAGGGAAAGAUUGAUAAGAAUACUUAUGGUAUUAUAACCGUGGCAGACAUCAAGCAAUUAUCAACAAGAUUAUACUUAUUGGCUAGAAUUGAUUUAUUCUAUUGUAAGUUGAAUAAAACCAAUGUCAAUAAGAUUUAUAAUCAGAUUAAUGGAUUAAUCGUGGAAAUUGUUGACAAACUUAAGUCCUUGGAUUAUUGUACCAUGUCUAUCACUUGGCCCUUAUUCUUAAUUGGAGUAGUGGGGAACAAUUUGGAUGAGGAAAUCAAAUGGUUCAUCAUGAAGAAGUUUUCAGAGAUGGAGAAUUUAAGAGGUUUAGCCAAUAUCAAGUUGGCAAGGAGUAACGUGGAAAGCGUGUGGAAAUACAGAGAAUUAAAUGAAGAUAAAUUAUUGACUUGGAAAGAGUUGAUGGAUUUCAAUAGUGAUACUCUUAGUUUAGCUUAG